ACGGCCACGCCGACACGCCGUGCAGGCGCGAACACGACACGAAGCGGCAAGCGCUCUACAUAAUUCAUCAUUUAUCGAUUAUUAUCACCAUGACCAAGGUGAACAUUGAAAAUUUCAUAGAAUGCGUAAAAGGCUACCCCAUACUGUACAAUAGACGACACAAAGACUAUAACAGUAUCGAGAAAAAAACACUAGCAUGGGAACUCAUUAGCAAGGAAAUGAACGAGUCGAGCGAGAUUUUAAAAAAUAAAUGGAAAGGCCUAAAGGACGGUUACACAAAAUAUAAAAGAUUUCUAUCUGGAGUCGCACCAUCCAACAAAUCGUACCACAGCUGGUGUUGGAGCAAAAACUUAAAGUUCCUAGACAAUUAUAUGAUAUACAAAAAGUAUUCUAAAUACAAGAAAGCGCAGACUUCGGGGACGUCAUCGCCGUCACCUCCGCGACAAUCUCCAACUCCGAGCGCCGAUGAGAAAGAUUUACGCGAAAACAUAGAAUCCGAACCAUGGACAGUUAGCCCAGCGACACAGUACGAGUCGCAAGGAAGCCGCAGAUCAUUGUCCGUAACAGAUGAAGAAUUUGAGCCAAAACACCAGAAAUUAUUAGAUCCAGUAGAUCAUUUGUUCACAAGUUACGCGGGAACAUUUAGAAGGCUUUCCCUUAAAAGUCAGUGUAUGAUAAAGGUUAAAAUGGCUAGAAUAUUCGCUGAAGCUGAACUAGCUGAAUUUGGUAGUGUGACUACUAAUGGAUCAGAGGUCAUCAAUGUUAGUAAUGAUAACUCUAUAGAUCGUUCACAUAUUACGACUAUUAAAAUGGAAAGAAUCUGAUGAUUUUUAACGGAAACACAGUAAGGUAUUAUUGAAAAGUUACAUUUCCUUGAAACAUUAGGACUUAGGAGUGAUAACUUUCUUGUAAGUUAUAAUAAUUGUACAUAUUACAUUAUAUUGUACCUAUAGUCUUAGCCUAUAGUAUUGUAGAUAAAUUAAUAUUAAAUUAUCUUAAUAAUU